CGUCAUUAUCGUCGCCGUCGUUGUCAUCGUCAUCAACAUCAUCUCAACAUCGUUCUGCUCCGUCCUCCGUGCCGUCGCGCGUCGUCAUUGGGCGGCGCAGUGGUCGUCUCGCUCGUUGGCCAGCGGCAUCUUCCCCCUCCACAACACAUCGCCUCCACCGUCGUCGCCGCCGUCGUCAUCGCUUCUCUCAGUCGCUCUCGCCGGGGGCCACCGCACCGAAGGUGUCCGUGCGACGGGCCAGACCAGCCGCUACGCAAGAUGGCUGUGUGUCGCUGACGAGGACCGACAGACCGGACCGGGGAUACAAACAGUCUGUGGAUAAGUCGAACAUGCGGCUACGUGAUCGUCGGGCCCGUCCCUGAAGCGAGAGACACUGGCCAAGAAGCGAGAGGGAAUGUGUGACAUGUUCAUCCAAACACAGCAGACGAGUAGCGUCAACGGCAGCAGCAGCAGCAGCAGCAGCAGCAGUAACAACACCGUUCAUCAUCCUAGCAAGAAGCGCAAGUUAGAUUACAACGUGAGCCAACCGGUGAUCCAGCACGCAUUGGUCCAAUCGGCCGGCGAAUAUCAAUUGGACAGUACUGGUCUGCAACAACGGUAUUCCGUGAACGGUGCUAAUACUGCAUUUAGCUCGCUGCACAACAAUAAUGCGCUGCAGAAGAGUAGCCCGAACCAGCAGACCCUGGUACGAGCCUCGACGAUCAAGCUCUUAGACACGUACCAACGCUGUGGCCAGAAGAGAAAAACUUGGUCGAGAGAGGGUAAUGACGGUCUGGCAGUCCAUUCCGCCAACGCGAUUGAAGCGGCGAGUAAUAUAGUGCCGCUGCAUCAGACCCAAACUCAGCAACAGCAGCUGCAACAACAGCACAGCAAGCAGACGGGCAUGACGGCGCAUAGCAAGCAAGUGGCCAACGCGGCCAACGGAGGUGGCGGCGGUAGCAAUCCCCAAGGCGACGGGGAUUAUCAUUUGGUGCAGCACGAAGUCCUCUAUUCUAUGACCAACCAGUACGAGGUCCUCGAGUUUCUUGGCAGGGGUACUUUUGGGCAGGUCGUGAAGUGUUGGAAGAAAGGAACAAACGAGAUAGUAGCCAUCAAAAUUUUAAAGAACCAUCCAUCGUACGCGCGCCAAGGUCAGAUUGAGGUCUCCAUCCUGUCUCGACUUAGUCAGGAAAAUGCGGAUGAGUUCAAUUUUGUGCGCGCCUACGAGUGCUUCCAGCACAAAUCGCACACCUGCUUGGUAUUCGAAAUGUUGGAGCAGAACCUCUACGACUUCCUGAAACAGAACAAAUUCUCACCCCUACCUCUCAAGUACAUCAGGCCCAUCCUCCAACAAGUUCUCACCGCCUUAUUGAAACUGAAGCAAUUAGGAUUGAUACACGCUGAUCUGAAGCCGGAGAAUAUUAUGCUGGUGGACCCGAUGCGUCAGCCCUAUCGCGUGAAGGUCAUCGAUUUCGGAUCAGCCUCGCAUGUGUCCAAAGCUGUCUGUAAUACUUACUUGCAGUCGCGAUAUUACCGCGCACCCGAGAUCAUACUGGGACUUCCGUAUUGUGAAGCGAUAGAUAUGUGGUCGCUCGGCUGUGUAGUCGCGGAGUUGUUCCUGGGAUGGCCUCUAUACCCGGGCAGCUCCGAGUACGAUCAGAUACGAUACAUAAGUCAAACACAGGGCCUACCGACGGAGCACAUGCUAAACAGCGCCAGCAAAACCACCAAAUUCUUUUACCGAGACGUGGACAGUACAUAUCCAUUUUGGCGGUUAAAGACACCAGAAGAGCACGAGGCGGAGACUGGUAUCAAAUCCAAGGAAGCGAGGAAGUAUAUUUUUAAUUGCCUUGACGAUAUCGGUCAGGUUAAUGUACCAACUGACUUGGAUGGCGGUCAACUCUUGCCAGAGAAAGCGGACAGGAGAGAGUUCAUUGACCUAUUGAAGAGGAUGCUUACGAUGGACCAGGUAGAGCGGCGUAUAACACCGGGCGAGGCACUGAACCAUGCAUUUGUGACCCUGGCUCACCUAGUCGAUUACGCGCACUGUAACAACGUCAAAGCUUCCGUCCAGAUGAUGGAGAUUUGCAGGCGCGCCGGGGACUUCACCGCGAGUCCUGCGCACCAUCAGGCUCCACCGGCACCUCAACCACCUCCACCAACGUCUUUAGUAGCCAAUUUUGUACCGACCACGAAUGGCAGCGCGGUGACGCUCACCUUCAAUAACCAACUGACGAAUCAAGUGCAACGAUUGGUUAGAGAACACCGUACUGCGCAGACAGGAUAUGACAAUCUGUAUCAGAUAUACAGCAACAGUAGUCGACGCGCACAGUACAGCAGUUCGUCCAGCGGAUCGAAUAGUGCGCGAAGCGGCGUGCACGACUUCCCGCAUCAGCUGGUGCCUGGUAUAUUGUGUCCGCCGCCUGGCUAUCAAACCAUGCCGAGCCCCGCGAAGCAUGUGGUUGUCGCUCAGCCACCACAAGCGCAACAAGCACCGCUACAAAUUCAGUCGUCGAUCAUAUCGCAGCAAGCCGUGGCCGCGGCAGCCGCGGCCGCUCAACAACAGUAUGCUGCGGUUCCCGUUUCGAUGGUCGAAACCGGUCGACAAAUGUUACUUACGAAUGCUGUACAGACUUCUUGGCCUGGUGGGAGCCGUCAGAUGGCCGCGAUCGUACCAUCGUGGCAGCAGUUGCCACCGCAGCACGCAGCCAUCCAGCAGCCAUUGCUGAGUGACGCCGGGGACUGGGGAAGACCUCUCAUCGUUGACAGUUCCGCUAUUCUACAGGAUCAGCGACCGGUAUUCCCUGUCGCGGCGGAAGUGUAUAACGCUAGUGCACUCGUUGAGCAUCCGUCGCAAAGUUGGGGCAAACGCACUGUCACGAAACACCAUCAGCACCACGUUGCGAUACCUCAGCAGACUCAGCACAGGCACGAACACAAGAAGGAGACGCAACAGCUGAGCCCGGUGAAGAAACGGGUGAAGGAAAGUACACCGCCCAGCAGCAUGCGACGGCACUCGCCGGCGAGUAGUCAUUGGCAGGAUCAGCCGGUGCAGUCUCACCAUCACAGCGGCAAGCAUAGCAGUAGUAGUCACAACGUGGAGCAUCAACCGGUUGCAACGGCGCGACAGCAAACCAUCACGAUCGACGACACGCCUUCGCCGGCCGUCUCGGUUAUUACGAUCAGCGAUAGUGAAGACGAGGUAGCUGGAAAGUGCUGCGGAGACCGUCAGUGCAGCGCCUGUCAAAGUUUGGCAACUCGCCUGUCGGGCGACGGACGUCCUGUCCGUGAAGAAGUCAUACGAAGCAGGCAAUCGCCACCGGUUGUCGUACCGAUCCACCAGGUCACGCACACCAGCAGCCAUGCUACGGCUCACGGCAGCUCUUCGUCGCAUCGAACAUCGCAACGCAAGAAUAUCAUCAGCUGCGUCACCGUUGGCGACAGCGAUGGCGAAGUCAGCCCGAGCCGAACGCAUGCUUAUUUGUAUCAACAUCUGGCUCAACAACCGACUCAGAGUCAACAGGCCACGCAGUUAAUCAAACACGAGCCACAACAGCCACUUCACGUUAGCAACAGUAGCUCGGGAUAUUGCUCACAAAAGAAACGGCUGUUGGCAAAGGUGCAAUCCGAGUGCAACAUGAUAAACGUUGCGACGAAACCGGAACCCGGCGUCGAGUACCUCGCUCCACAUCCGUGCCAUGCGCCAGCUUGCAAAGAGCCACCGACCUAUCAGGAUGACGUCUAUGACAUGCAUGACCACUUCUUGCAGUAUGUGACCACGAGUAGUGCGCAUCCUCACCUCCAAGAACAGCAUAUCGUGUAUACAACUGGCACGGAUAAACGAGUCUCCUGGCCUGGAAAACGCGCCGAGUACAAGCACGAGUAUGUUCAACCACCGGCUGCUCAUUCGAGAGAUCAUCAGAAGUGGGUAGUGGCCAAUCCGGUGCAUCAGUAUAGGCAGAACCAGGUAGUAGGUUCGGCGGCCCAUCCGGGUCAUACUCACAGCCAUCACGGACACCCAGCUCAUCUGAGCCCCGGCGGCAGUGGCAGCGGCAGAAGUCCCACGGGCGGGCCUGUACUAAGCAGUGCUCAGCAUUUAGGACAACCUCUCUACCAGGAGUACGCUCAUGUGCGCACGAGGCCUCAUGCGGUGCCACCGCCGGUGUACGUUACUGCCGCGCCGUCACAGGCUGCUACCGCUAUCCAGCAGCCGCAAGUGCCCACUUAUCAAGGAUUCACGCCCGGCUCGUCUCCAUUAACGUUGUAUGAUUCUAGUCGAGCGUUGCCACCGCCAGCUCAUCACAGCUCGGCCAGACCAUUACUGGCAAGUCACGCAGCACAUCCGCUGCCUGCGCAUAUGCAACCUACAGCAGUCUACGGAUUGGCCCCGCUUUCGCCAGCCAAACACCAAUAUCAACCUUCUGGUUUGUGGUUCACCGAAUAAAUUAAUUACCGUCGAGCGUUAUAAAUUAAGAAUCGUAUGAGGGAAUAAAUAUGGAUAACCAUAUGAUUUUCUGGGAACUUACGAGCCGCUCAUGCCAAAACCAGUGAAACAUCAGUCCGGGUAAAUAUAAUAGAAAAAAAAGAACGCAUUCUAUCGUGCAUAUUUUUUCUCGUCUCCUUCGUGUGCUUUUGGCCAGUAGAUGGCUUCGGUGGCGAGGGAACGUCCGCAUCGCUGCGAUUUGUCAGUACGAUCGGUGUUACGGUACAUCUCGCAGGGAUUUUAUGACCGAGCAUAAUGUGGUAAAAGGAAAGGAAAAAAAAACGAUGGGCAGGUGCGCGUUUAAAAGUGAAAAUUUUUGACAAUCCGUCCUUGGCAGCGACCACUCCCUUCCGACCAUUCUAGGAAGAGUAACACGAGACAAUGCAACAAAAUCUUUUGGAAUGUUUGUUAUACACCACUUGUGUGUCUAUAACAGCCUCCUCUUCGUGACAAUUUCGAGAUCAGUCGAGAAAAGAUCACGUGCGAUUGUACGUAAAUUGAUCUACUUGUGAAACUGUGCAUGUUUUUUCCUUUUCUCCUUCGUGCGAAUUUGAAGACACGUUAUUUUGGCGUAUGCGGCAUGCUAUAAAUUUCGUAAGUUUCCAGAGACCGAAGUUUUAUUACGGAAGAGGUAGAGUUUAUAUACGGACAUUGUACAGACCAAAAUUUUCUAUCGAGGUGUCCCGAUCUAUUUAACGUUUAUACGCAUAGUUUCUAUUGUACAUAUACAUAUAUACGCAUAUAAGAAACACAUUGGUAUGCAACUUAAACGGGUCGGGAACACCGAUAGCGAUAGAGAUACGCUGCACGUAGUGGCAGCAGCAGCAAUUCACGUAUGUGUACGUGAAUGAAAACUGUUAAUGAACGUCAUUCAUAUGUGAUUCAUUACGCGAUUUGUAUUUUGCGAUUGACUUUAAACCGCAAAAUGAGUUUGCAUUUCUUCAUGGUAUGCCGUGGAGCAUAUUGCGCGCAUGCGCACAGAUAUCUUGUUUUAUAAUCCUCUUUAACAAGAUUAUUUUAGUGAAUUAAGUUCCCUGAUUGUCGACGUAGCGAUCGGCUUUGUUUUCCGCUGGUGGGAUUUUUCGAUUAUAUUAAGAGUUUCGCUAUGGGGGUGUAUAAUGCUGUAGUCUUUUACAAUAUUUUAUUUAUAACGGGCACUCAAGACUAACGAGGUAGCCACAUUAUCCUUUGUAGCUUGCGUGUUAUACUGAAGUAUACGUUAACAAAUAAAUACACACACACACACACACACACAUUACACAGAUACAAAAUUUAGUUCUAUCACAUGUUCGGAACUUUAGGAAGUUCUUUGCGUAGGAUUAUUCCGGUUGUCGUAAACGUAGUCGCGAAGACUACUUGUCAGUAAGUAAUUUCACACAAGACACCAAUUUCUUCAAGAUGAUUCGUACGACAUCCGAAUUGACGAAAGCUUGACGUGCCUUUUUUGGAACAGUCCCGUUAUUUAUUACCUUUGUGUUAUAUAUAUAUAUACGUACAUAUCUUUUUUUAGAAAUCGUCUUCAUUCUCAUCGUCGUUUUCAUCAUUGUCAUCGUCGUAUUAAUUUCUCAUUAUAUUCAUCAUUGUUGCUACUGAUCAUCAUUGUUCACAUGCACAAUAUCUUGUUUCGAAUUGUACAAAGAAGCGUUAUUGUACGCUAUUUCAAGCAUGUUACUUGAAAUACGAAAUUGUGACCGCAAUUUUAAAGCUUUCAUAAAAAUUGUACAUAAGUUUAACUAUCAUUAAUUAAUAUUCAGUAAUAUUUCUUUCUCCCAUGCACUAACAUUUCGAAAGUGCAAAUUGAGAGAUUUCUUUUUCGGAUAUUGAGAGAGAGAAACAGAAGAGGAAGAAGUGUAUGCCAAACAGCAAUAAAAUGUUAUAGUGGGUCUUACGAUAAAGAGUAUCUCGCGGAUAUCACAAAAUCGCAUGUAGCACAUUUCUUUUCCGCGCAUACAUAGACUUUUUGUAUGAUAACAAUAAGAAUAUCUAUAGGAAAAGGGAGGGAGGGGGGGGAGAGGCAGGGAGAACAGAGAGCUCUAUUUAUAGAUAGUUUUCAUAAAACGAGUUUUUUCGCAAUUCCGUUCUUCUCGUCUAAUCGCGUUCUUCCUUAUCGCAGACUUUCUGUGUGAGUGUCCAAACUGAAAUCAAUAGCAUCAAUUCGUAACAUCAUCGUAGCUCAUCCCAUUACAUCAAUUUUCACUCUUCAGGAUCAUUAUUCUCAGGCGGUAUCGUUAUAGUACGCGUAUACAUAUUCUUUAGAUACCGGCAUCAUAUAUGCAAUCACUAAUAUACAUUUCGUGAUUUUAUGGAAUAACGCUUAAGGCAUUGUUUUUUGCUAAUUCUAUAUUAUGAUAAGUGUAUAGAAAGUUCUAACGGUAAUAUAUUCGGCGUAUAUGGGAUUAAUUGCGAUAUGUUGUUUAGAGAGUGAUUCACGUCCAGAGUUUAAUUAGAGAUAUUGUACACAUAGGGUGAGAGAGGGAGAGAGAAAGAGACAGAGAGUGUGGAAGAGAGUGAAAGAGAGAGAGAGAGUGAGAGAGAGGAAAGAAGGGAGGAAAAAUAUAGAGUAUAUGAAUAUAUGGAGGUACAUAAGUGUAGCAUAGGUGUGUAACGGAGUUUUAAACAUGUUACCGGUAUCACGAGAAAAGAAAAAGAAAGAACCCUUUACGCGAUACAAUAAAGUUAAGUAACAAUCGAUAUACAACUGCAAUUUCGCUACAUUUAACUUAUAGAGCAGGGCCGUUACGGCUAUCGGGUCCAUGAUAGCCUCGCAAAUCUCUCGAGUGCCUUUAUAUCGAGAGGCAUCAGACGAAUCAGUGUAAAUCUAACGAUGCCGAACUAGCUUUCGGCAAAAGCGACGUUUAGACUUCUUCGUUUCUUCACGCUCUUCUUCUCCUUUCUUUAUACGCGAUUAUGCAGUUUACUCCCCUUAAGAUUUAAGCAGUUUGUGCCCGACAUCCUUUCGUAUACGCAUCAGUACGUUUACGCAUUGUACGAAAAGAAAAAAAAGAAAAGAAAUAUUUAACCAACUCGAUGUGCCUGUUUAAUCGUAUUUAUACUAUAACGGGAAAAGAGAAAGAUUAGUAGAGAGGUGGCGAGUCUUUUUUUUCGUUUUCUUCAACAUAGACUGAACGCGCUAUGACGUUAUCAGUGAUAAAGCAUCGAGAUCACCGCACGGAACCGUGCGUGUUGCAUGCUGUAUCCACUCUUCUCGGUUUUCGGGCCACUUAGACGGCCUUUAGAUGUGCCCGAGUUUGCGUGUACAUACAUGAAUACAUACAUACAUGCUUCCACGUAUGGCAGUAGAGAUACUCGUGUCGCAUUGAACAGAAACUACCAUACCCUUCUUCGCAGUAAGUCAUGUGAAAAACCAAGUCAUAUCCUUUAGGUUUUCAUCCUCCACGUAACGUCGGAUACGCCCCCGGAUGUGCGCGUGUACGCACGGUCUGCACGCACGCACGCACGUACGUGCGUACUCCGCAGUAGUCGUAUAACAAUAUAAGUAUAUCGCAUUUCUUGUUUUUCGUCCUCGUAUACGUAUUGCGCCUAUUGUCCAGAUCUACGAAUCUACUUUUAGUCAUAGUUUAUUUCUUCUCAUUCUGCGAGCAAGUCUUGACUGACGACGGGAUCGGUGAUUGAUCGGAAGAUUGUUCGGAUCGUAGAAUCUAUAAUGAUCGCGCUAGCGUUCGAUUCAUUUUCUUUUCUUAGAAUUACGAUGUGUAGGAAGAAUACGCGAGCAGAAAGGGGAGGCUUUCGAACAGCAUCGACAUAUCGACUAUUUUAAGGGUACAAAAAGGACCAACCAUUCAGGUCGGCUUGAUUUCGCAUCGAUAUGUUGUUUGGGUUGUCUCGGACCUUGAUCGUCGGUCAAUGCGUGCUCCGAGUCACGUUUUACGCUCUCAUAUUUGAUUUUAUUUUAGAGCAUACGUUAUACAAUGUAUAGUGAAAAUACACGCAUACACACAUGCAUACACGUACACGUACACACAAGAAAACACACUAACACACGUAAUAAACUACCUAAAUAAAAAGAAGUAGAGACGCUAUAAAACGCUGUGUGGAAAAAAUUAAGUAAAGGAUACCAUAACUGUAUCAAUGAUUCUAGUUGUGAUAUUUUAUUAUAAUACGAUAAUCGUGUGCAGUUAAGUUCGAUCGGGCACAAUCGCGUGUGCCCGAUGGUAUAUACAUAUAUUACGCGAUAUAAAGCGCAUAGGAGAGUGUAUCUUAAUCUCGACAUAUUAAUUAAACGCAGAAGCAAGAUUACACGUUGCAAAAGCUGUUUAUAAAACUAAUUCACGAUGAUCGAUGGGACGACGUGACGUUACACGCGACUGUUUGACAGUGUUAUGGAUAAGUGGUUCCUUAUUUUCUUCCUAUUUUAAUUCCGAAGUCCAAGUUAUAUUGUAUUAGCUUAUCAUGGAUGUUUUCUCUCGUUGUAACAUCAGUCUGACAUCUCUAAUUGAUAAAUUGCACAAAAAUAUUCGGCAUUAUUUUUGGUUCAAGGAAUUUGGAAUUAUUUCACGUUGGAAUCGCAACUGUAUUAAAUCUUUUUCUUUUCGUUCUGUUAACUAUACAAUUGAUAGAAAGUUUUUAGAGACAAAACUGAAUUUUUCAUUGUUCGUGCAUACAAUCGUGCGUAAUUGCAGCAGUUGUACUUUUCGGUCAGAUAGUACGAUAAUAACACGCAUUACAAGUAGAUAUCUAGUUCUUUUAAUCGUUUUGAAAUAUGUACAUAUGUUUCUUAUUACAUCGGGGUGGGGGAGUGAUAUAUUAGUCUUAGAUGUAGUGCCUAAAGUGAUGAGAUUGUGUGUCUAGUAAUAAGAUUUAUUUAGUGUAGAAUCUCCAAAUCAGUCCUGCACCGAUAAAAGCAAAAUUUAAGUCGUGAUAGAUUGAAAACUGAAACUUGAUUUAUAUUAAAACUACUAAAAAUUUUCAAAUUAUGAAGUUUUAAUAUGUCAAGGAUGUAAAAAGUGAAAGGAAAAAGGAGAGGUGUAAUAAAUCACAUGACUCAUAUUUUUCUUGUAUCGGUUUCGGGUUAUAAAGUCAUGCAAAAUUGGGAAACGCUUGGAUGUGCUUAGCGUGGGAAGAUAUUCGUGUAAAAAUAAUCAACCGCAAA